AUGACCCCACAGGACAUCACCUUCCUGUGUCUCGUGGUCUGCCUGGGCCAGACAAUUUGGGCACAAGAAGAAUUUCCCAUUCCUACCUUAUCCACAGCAGCUGAUCCUAUGGUCCCCUGGAAUGGGUCUGUGAGGAUCCUGUGCAGAGGAACACCUGAAGCCUACCUGUAUCAGUUGUCCCUGAUGAAAAACUCCACAUACACGGUUAUAGAGAAGAAAUUAGGAUUUCAGAAAGAGGCGGAAUUCAUUAUCAACCACAUGAACACAACACUAGCAGGAUGUUAUCAAUGUCGGUACAUGAAGAAGAACCACUGGUCAGAGCAGAGUAAACCUCUGGGCCUGGUGGUGACAGGCUUGUACAACAAACCUGUCCUCUCCACAGAUCAAAGCCAUAUGUUGAUACCAGGAGAGAUCAUUUCCUUCAAGUGUAGUUCAGCACAAAACCUGUUCAACAGAUUCUCAUUGGCCAAGGAGGGAGAAGCUUCAACACCAUGGCACCAACAUAAGGAGUAUCAAGGCAAUUUCAAACUUGGUCCUGUGAACCUUAACUUCACUGGGAGCUACAGGUGCUAUGGCUGGCACAGCAGCAGCCCCUAUGUGUGGUCAGCCCCCAGUGAUGCACUGGAGCUCAUUGUCACAGACUCCAAGAAACAAGAUUACAUGAUGGAGAAUUCAAUCCGGAUGGGUACGGCAGGGCUGGUCCUGGUGAUACUCUUAGUGAUAUUAGCGGAAAAUUGGCACAGCCACAGGAUAUCACACAAGGAAUGCUGCCAGGAAUUGGCUGCAGAGAGAUGGAGCAAACAGGGUGUUGUACCUAGUGACUGUGGAUAA